GCAUCGACGUCUGCUAUUGAUGGCUCCUCCUCCGCUACCUGUAAAUCUGCGAUGCCAUCUUCCAACAAAUGGAUGUGGCAGGCAGGCGCUGGAGUCGGAGAGCGAGAAUUACCGAUAAUAUUUGUGUUUUCUGCAACCGAUUUCGCCGAUAAGGAUAUGACAAAUUGCGAGCCUUAAACGCGGAGGAGCGCAUUCAACAGUGCGCCGUGCGGAGCGCCAGUAGCGGACCUGCCGAAAGCUGCGCCGCUCAACAAGGUGGAGGAGUGAGUCCAUCGGCUGGCGAGGACAGCGCGACUCUCCACUCUAAUAAUCUUAAAAUCUCCAGUUUUAUUCGUAGGGACUGCCGGAAAAAGCGAGAGAUUUACGGGUUUUUGUUUUUUUUUUUAAAUAUGAUUUUUACGCACAGAUCAAACGGAUGACGCGCUAUUCCAGCCCUGAAAGCGCAUCGCCAGGCGCACGGCUGCUAUCUUGAUUUGAAGGGAAGUUUAUAUUGCUGUGCGUGUGACUGCCGUCGACUCAACUUUUUUUCACGUCUUGGCUUCCAGUGGAGCCAGAUGAGAAGGCAGAGGAGCGGAGGGUGGUUGACUGAACAUGCCUGAGCCGUUGGGGCAUCAGGGGGCGCUGGCCGGAGCUCCCCAAAGCGCCUGAAUCUCGAGUUGAGUUGAUUUGUUUGUUUUUGAAGGGGGGGUGGCUGGCAGGUGACCAUAAGUCGAUAAUGCCGAAAAACCGGGAGAAAUUCAACCCGGAUCCGUCCAUCCACAUCUCCAAGAUGAUGAACGUGAUCAUCCCCCUCUCACCAGAUGUGCCCUGUGACAGCAACGGCCAGCGGAUGUGGUGGGCUUUCCUCGCCUCCUCCAUGGUCACUUUCUUUGGGGGUCUCUUCAUAAUCCUCCUGUGGAGAACUCUCAAAUACCUGUGGACUGUGUGCUGCCACUGUAACACCAAAAAGAAGGAGGUCCAUCGGAUCACCACAGGCGACGGCAUAAAGCGCGCUGACAAGGAUGACGCGACGGCCAGCGAGGUGGGCUGGAUGACGUCGGUCAAAGACUGGGCUGGAGUCAUGAUAUCUGCUCAGACACUGACAGGAAGAGUUCUGGUGGUGCUCGUGUUCGCACUCAGCAUUGGAGCCCUUGUAAUAUACUUCAUAGAUUCCUCUGAUCCGAUCGAGUCCUGUCAGAACUUCUACAAAGACUUCACGCUGCAGAUCGACAUGGCCUUCAACGUGUUCUUCUUGCUGUACUUCGGCCUCCGUUUCAUUGCUGCCAAUGACAAACUGUGGUUCUGGCUGGAGGUGAACUCGGUGGUGGACUUCUUCACGGUUCCUCCGGUGUUUGUGUCGGUGUAUCUGAACAGGAGCUGGCUUGGUUUGAGGUUUUUAAGGGCCUUAAGGUUGAUACAGUUCUCUGAAAUUUUACAGUUUUUGAAUAUACUAAAGACAAGCAACUCGAUUAAGCUGGUGAACCUGUGUUCAAUCUUCAUAAGCACAUGGCUAACUGCAGCAGGCUUCAUUCAUUUGGUGGAAAACUCAGGGGAUCCUUGGGAAAAUUUCCAAAAUUCCCAGACACUUUCCUACUGGGAAUGUGUCUACUUACUCAUGGUUACAAUGUCCACUGUUGGCUACGGAGAUGUUUGCAAAACCACCCUGGGUCGCCUGUUUAUGGUCUUCUUCAUCCUUGGUGGUUUGGCCAUGUUUGCAAGCUACGUCCCUGAAAUCAUAGAGUUAAUAGGAAACCGCAAGAAAUAUGGUGGUUCCUAUAGUGCGGUUAAUGGGAGAAAGUACAUCGUGGUCUGUGGUCAUAUAACACUUGAGAGUGUGUCCAACUUUCUAAAAGACUUCCUACACAAGGACAGGGAUGAUGUCAAUGUAGAAAUUGUUUUUCUCCAUAAGUAAUAUUUCCCUAAUCUUGAGCUGGAAGCCUUAUUCAAGCGCCACUUCACUCAGGUAGAGUUUUACCAAGGGUGUCUGAACCCCCACGACCUGGCAGAGUCAAAGAUUGAAUCAGCGGAUGCCUGCUUGAUCUUAGCCAACAAAAACUGUGCGGACCCUGAUGCUGAGGAUGCCUCCAACAUCAUGAGGUACUGGUGAUAUUCGAUCAAGAACUACCAUCCAAAGAUCCGAAUCAUCACGCAAAUGUUGCAGUACCACAAUAAGGUCGUAUUCAUUAACUGCAAAGGCUCACUUUUGAACAUCCCAAGCUGGAACUGGAAGGAGGGAGAUGACGCCAUUUGCCUUGCAGAGCUGAAGCUUGGGUUCAUCGCCCAGAGCUGCCUGGCUCAGGGCCUCUCCACCAUGCUGGCCAACCUUUUCUCCAUGAGGUCCUUCAUCAAGAUCGAGGAAGACACGUGGCAGAAAGUAUUACCUGAAGGAGUAGCUAAUGAGAUGUACACGGACGUACCUGUCGAGUGCCUUUGUGGCUUGUCCUUUCCAGUAAUUUGCGAACUCUGCUACGUGAAGCUAAAGCUGCUCCUGAUAGCUAUAGAGUACAAGUCUGAUCAAAGGGAAAGCAGCACCCUGAUAAACCCUGGAAACCAUGUGAAAAUGCAGGAGGGGACCCUGGGCUUCUUCAUUGCCAGCGAUGCCAAAGAAGUAAAAAGGGCCCUGUUUUACUGUAAGGCCUGCCAUGAUGACAUAACUGAUCCCAAACGGAUAAAGAAAUGUGGAUGCAAGAAAUCCAAGACGCCCGUCUACAAGAAAAUGAGACUGGCAUGUUGUUUUGAUUGCGGCCGCUCAGAGCGCGACUGCUCUUGCAUGCCGGUUAAUGUGCGUUGUAACACGGACUCCCCUCAUCGGGACAUCCCACUCUCUGCUGUCUCUGUUAAUGAUUGCUCAGCCACUUUACGUGCCUUUGAAGAGGACCAACAGUCGGUGCUAUCGCCCAAAAAAAAGCAACGUAAUGGAGGUAUGAGGAAUUCCCCAAACUCCUCACCCAAGAUAAUGAGACACGACCCGCUCCUCAUCCCGGGGAACGAGCAGAUUGAGAGCAUGGAUGAGAACGUAAAGAAAUACGACUCCACAGGGAUGUUUCACUGGUGCCCGUCCAAAGACAUCGAGAAGGUCAUCUUGACUCGCAGCGAAGCAGCCAUGACUGUUCUGAGCGGUCAUGUGGUGGUGUGCAUAUUCGGCGAUGUGAAAUCAGCGCUGAUCGGCCUCCGAAACUUUGUAAUGCCUCUGAGAGCAAGCAACUUUCACUACCAUGAGCUGAAGCACAUCGUGUUCGUCGGUUCCCUUGAGUAUCUGAAGCGGGAAUGGGAAACUCUACAUAAUUUCCCAAAAGUCUCCAUUCUGCCAGGCACGCCGUUGAGUCGGGCAGAUCUGAGGGCUGUCAACAUCAACCUCUGCGACAUGUGUGUCAUUCUGUCAGCCAAUCAGAACAAUAUUGACGACGCAUCACUGCAGGACAAAGAAUGCAUCUUGGCGUCACUCAACAUCAAAUCCAUGCUGUUUGACGACAGCAUCGGGGUCUUGCAGGCUAAUUCUCAAGGCUUCACACCGCCGGGGAUGGAUAGAUCUUCUCCUGAGAACAGCCCAGUCCAUGGAUUAGUAAGGCAGACUUCUGUCACUACUGGAGCAAAUAUCCCCAUCAUAACAGAACUAGUGAAUGACUCCAACGUUCAGUUUCUGGACCAAGAUGAUGACGACGACCCAGAUACAGAGUUAUACCUCACUCAGCCCUUUGCCUGUGGGACAGCAUUCGCAGUCAGCGUGCUGGAUUCCUUAAUGAGUGCGACAUACUUCAAUGAUAAUAUCCUCACCUUGAUCCGGACGCUGGUAACAGGCGGGGCGACACCGGAGCUGGAGGGGCUGCUGGCGGAGGAGAAUGCAUUACGAGGUGGCUACAGCACACCACAGACCCUGGCGAACAGGGACAGGUGUCGUGUGGCACAGCUGGCCUUGUACGACGGGCCAUUCGCCGACCUUGGGGAUGGUGGUUGUUACGGUGAUCUGUUUUGUAAAGCCCUGAAGACAUACAACAUGUUGUGUUUCGGCAUCUAUCGGUUACGAGACGCACAUCUAAACACACAAAGCCAGUGUACCAAACGGUAUGUCAUAACCAAUCCACCGUAUGCAUUUGAGCUGGUGCCCUCGGACCUGAUAUUCUGCCUGAUGCAGUUUGACCACAACGCCGGCCAGUCUCGAACCAGCCUCUCCCACUCCUCUCAUUCAUCCCAUUCUUCAAGCAAAAAGAGCUCCUCCGUCCACUCUAUCCCAACUACCAACCGCACCAACCGCACCAAAAGCAGGGACUCGAGAGACAAACAAAAUGCAACAAGGAUGAAUAGAGUGGGCCAAGAAAAGACAUGGUUUACAGAUGAGCCAGAGAAUACCCACCUGAGGACCAUACAGAUCAAGCCUGUGAAUACUCUCACCGUCAACCAAGUCAGUCAGUAUAAAUCCACUAGCAGCUUGAUUCCACCCAUCAGAGAAGCAGAAGACGAGUGCUGAGAUCAGGACCCGCGCUGACGUCUGGACGUCUGGGCUCGCUGAAGACUUAUCGUGUAGGUGUCAGCCUGGGAACUGGGAACAUCUCGUCAUCUGCAAGCGUAAAGCAUCAAUUGACAUUACUUAAGACGAACACAAAACUGCUUUUUUCAUUCACCUCUGCGGCAAGUGUAUUGUAUGAGCAGAUUUAGAACCAUGAAAUAUACAUAAAGACAAUCAUAGUCAGAUGUUGCAACCACUCAGCUAUUAGUUUGCACAGUUGAACUUUAGCAGUGACCAGACUCCAUUGAUUUUUUUUUUGUUCAAUUUUGGGGAAUGAGGGUCACUUAAAGGAAAAGAGCAAUGUAAAAAUGAAGACUACUACUACUAUUACUGCUAAAAGAGGUAAUUAUUAUGAUUACUGGAUCAAGUUUUGCAAUUGUAAAAGUUGCCUUUUUAGCUGUCCAUGAACAACUGCUUCUACUGCAUUUACAUUACCCAGUGUUGCAGAGUUAUUCUGUACAGUGUGUUAUAAAUGUGUACUUUACAUCCAGCUGCGAUCCCACCAAAAUGGCAUUGUUAGUGACUGACUCUCAGUGAUUCCUUUGCCAUUUGGAGCUAAUUCACAACAUUUGUGACAGUUAUGACAGCCGGUGUCCAUAUGUAAAUGGCAUUUGGCUCCAGCCUUAUCUCUAUCCAUUUAUAUUUGUCUUAUCUUUGCCUUUUUGAGUUGUUUUAAAUGUUUUUAUGUCGCUAUUUUGGUUGCAAUGUCCAAAACCCCAGAAAUGCUAUGAAGUGAAGUAUCUGAAUCUGCAAAAUUUCUCUGUGGGGGUAAAACUUUGGGAAUGGAAUUCUUUUUUUGUUUGCGUUUUUUGUCAAUAGCCAAAUAUGAUAGAGCUGUUUUGUUGGUGACGUUAAAACCAAAAAAAAUCUCACACGGUCGAAGCUAUUCACUUAAAACAUUAUAGUAAGCAAAGCCAAAUACGUCGACACAGCAUGGGGCCACGUGACAGGCCUGUAGCUGAGUUGAACAUAAAAGCCACAUAUCGCAUGAAGUGGGCAUCUUUAAGUCCUCCGUUGGCUGUAAGCACUGCCUGACACAGGAUUGUCUUGGAGAUCAUAAAGAAACUUUUAUGUACUCCAUGACCAAUCUUAAUGCCAUAAUCAGACAUGUUCAUCUUUUUCAUGAAAAACAGCUCUAUCAUAAAAAAGAGAGUGAUUUUGGCUAUUUAUAUGUUUGGAUUACAUUUUCUUGGUAACACAUCUUGGUGACUGAUUUCAUAUCUGAUGUAUCCAUGAAGGUCUUUACAUCCUUUUUCGGUUUGGAAGCACAGAACGCAAAGUGUGGUGGCUAUUAAUCAUGUCUUAUUUAAAUAAUGGAACACAGCUAUAUUGGCACUGUUGUCACUUUACUUCAGGAUCAAUGAGGGGGAAGGAAGAAAAAAAAAAACACAGCAAGUCCAUAAAAUUCUUAAUCCACAGAUGAUGCAUCACGGUCCAGCCUAGGAUUCAUGUUGGAUGUAAAAAGAGAGAGGUUGUGACAUUUUUACUGGCACAGAGAACAUCCAAGCUGUCCAUCUCUCAGUGCCAGUAAUGUGCCAGGCAGUGCUGAAGCCAACGGAGGACUCCAGAAAGACCCACUGCUGCGAAAAGAGGCUUCUAGUUUAGCUUUCUUACCAUGAUGCUGUUAUUCCCCAGAGAUAAGUGCAACUGUAGUAAAUAAUUUGAGAAGUCUUAGAACUAUUUUUGAAUGAUCCGUCGUCAAGGAGCAAAGCCUGAAAGCAAUUCAUUUUUAUGUAAAUCUGUAAAGCUUAAUGUAAAGUAUUUCUUUCUCGUGUGUUCUUGUUUGACAGUACCUGUGGGGUUGAGAGACAUUCAGCAUUGCAGUCUAGUUUGUAUUCAUUUGUGCUUUUCUUUUUAGCACGUCGACUUGUUGAUACAAUGACAGUGCUAAGUUGAUAUUUCUGACUAUGUCAUAAUACACAGUAAUAAAUACCGUUUAUCGUCUUGUACAAAUAGGCUUGUACAUAAACUGUACAUGAUUUCAUUUUGUAUUUUCACAAAUUAAAAGCAGAUGUAUUGUGUUCUA